CAAAAACCGAAAGGACCGAUAAAUACGCCACACGUCAUCAAUAUAAUUUACAUAAAUGGCGACCGAAGGCGAAUAUGAGUCGAUCCUAUGCGUUAAACCCGACAUCAAUGUUUAUCGCAUACCACCGAGGGCUACAAAUCGUGGAUACAGGGCAGCAGACUGGAAGCUGGAUGUGCCCGAUUGGUCAGGGCGCAUGCGGAUCACGGCCAAGGGGAAAGUGGCCUACAUCAAACUGGAAGACAAAGUCUCAGGGGAGCUGUUCGCCCAGGCCCCUGUCACAGAGUAUCCCGGCAUCGCAGUGGAAACCGUAAGCGACUCCAGUCGCUACUUUGUCCUGCGAAUACAGGAUGGCAAUGGCCGCAGUGCGUUCAUUGGUGUUGGAUUUGGGGACAGAGGGGACUCUUUUGACUUCAACGUGUCUUUGCAGGACCACUUUAAGUGGGUGAAACAAGAGAAUGAGAUCAGCAAAAACCCUCAGGGGGCAGCUUCGGGACCAAAGCUGGACUUGGGAUUUAAAGAAGGACAAACCAUCACCCUUAAUAUUGGGCAAGGCAAAAAAAGGGGUAAGCCACGCCCACAGGGGGCAGGUGGGUUUGGUCUUCUACCGCCACCACCGAAAGGAAAGAUAGCUCCUCCUCCUUCCUCUACCUUCUCCAAUCACAACACAGUGCCUCAAACAGGAGGCUCAGUGAUGGGCUGUUUGCUAGAUCUGGACAAUAGUAACUCCAACACUGUGGUCCAAUCAUCCAACCCCAGCACUGAUCUUUGGGGAGACUUCUCCUCUCCUGCAAGUUCUCUCCCUCCAACAUCACGACAACAGCACACUCCGAAUUGGGGACAGUUUUGAGUCCACGUCAUCGCAUUUUUCAUUUGACUCCAUCGCUGAAGGCACCUCCUCCCUCUGUCGCUACAAUACAACAGCAAACUGUCCAAGAGACAAAGAACACCAUGCACUUGUCGAAAGUCUUUAUCAAAACUAUAAAUGAAUGUAGGCUAUAAUCUCCUCCCAAAGUAAAAAAUAAAUUAAAUUAAAAAAAAAGUCAUAUUUGGGAUAAUAAUGCAAAUGUAUGCAAAUGUUCAGUAUUUGGUCAAUUGAGUUUUAUGGUAGGAGGUCUUCAAUGCCGCCUAUGGGCUAUGAUGAUAGGAUCUUCAAUUUCCUGUUAUCACAAGAGUAGCAGCAAUUUUACAGUACUGCUUUUUACCCGGCAACAGCGCCCUCUUGUUAAUGUUUACCUAAUCAUCACGGCAUGCUUGAUUUAGAUAGGGGAACCCAUAGGGAGACAUCCUUUCCCAUAUGGUUUUCUUCUGAUCAUAAUAGGGGAAAUGAUUUGUAGUAAUGAAUUGUAAUUGCUCAGACAGUAGCUCAAUUCCGUUUCUCCCCCAUUCUCCUCAGUGUGCAAUUGUUCACUUAAAAGCAUUGGAUUGGUGUAUGCAUUGGCUGGAGGGAAUCUACGAUAUUCCUUAUGAUUGCAUGCAAACUAUAGGCUAUUUUUGGGAUAAGGGGGAUAAACAAAAUAGGGCUCAUAUUGAUGAACAUAUCUGUUUCCAUUGUACUGACUGCCUGUGUUUACUUUGAUGCUGAGGACAUGACACAGCACUCUACAGUCCAUUUGUAGGUAGGGAGUUGUGAUGUAGUAGUGUACAUUGGAUGAGAAUGGGUGAAAAUGCAUACUUGUAAUGAAAAGAAUGACAAGUAAAUCGGUAUAAAACUAAUUAUAUGCGCAAAAGUGCCAUUCAAUGUUUCAUUUGUAUGAUUAUGAAAUAAGUAGCCUGGGAUGCCAGAUCUGUGUCUGCCUACUCCUUUAUCAAUAGCCAAUGCAGAAACCAAUCUGGCAACCAGGCUGUGAAAUAUGAUGAUUGUCUAACAUAGUGUAAUAUGAUGAUUGUGUAACAACUACAACUGUUGUUGUGGAGGAUGUGCUGUUGGAUGUUGCUGGGAUUGAAAUACUAAGUCGCCUCAUGUCAAUAGUGUUUGUUUACCUUCCCCAGAACCACAGAUGGUUAGUGGCACCUUAAUUGGGGAGGAUGGGCACUUGGUAAUGGCUGGAGCAGAAUCAGUGGAAAGGUAUCAACAACAUCAAACACAUCGUUUCCAUGGUUUCCAUGUGUUUUGUGCCAUUCCAUUCGUGCAGCUCCAGACAUUAUUAGGAGCCGUUUUCUCCACAGCAGCAUCCACUGCCCAGAACAUGGUUUCACAUGGCUCUGUCAUUCCACGGUUACUGUAAUGUCACUGGAUGCGUACUUAUGAUUUAUUGCCUUGGGUUGUCAUUACUCAUCAUGACAUGUGAAAGUGGCAAUAAAGACCUUCAAAGGGA